GUGAGCAGAAAUAUGAUGCUCUCAGUGCAAUUUAUUCUUCUCUCAGUAAUUCCACUGGCUCUGGCUAGUCGAGAUGCAUAUCAGGAGAAAAUAUUCAAAAUGCACAAUGAAUAUCGUAAACAGAUACUGGAGUGUAAAGUGGAUGGACAACCAUCAGCUAAGAGAAUGCCUCCUCUCAUAUGGGAUGAAGAACUGGCUAGUCAAGCGGAAACAUUAGCAAAAUCUUGUACAUAUAGAUAUAAAUCUCCGACAAGCAGAAGAUUUGCUUCAGUUGGACAGAAUACGGCUAAUUGUGAAUAUCUCGAAGAUGUCAUGAAAAGUUGGUUCGGUCAGCACAAGUGGUAUAAAUUCAAAGACCAUUAUUGUAGUCAGCCAUGCUCAGAGUACUUGCAGAUGGUUUCCGCAAAUACUACACAUAUUGGAUGUGCAUACAAUGAAUGUCCAUACGGUGAUGACGGCUCUUACGUCAUAGUCAUAGUUUGUAAUUAUGGUCCAGGGGUGAAACUUAAUAUGAGACCCUAUGAAGCGAAGAAUAUCGAUGAAGUAUGUCCAGUGAAAAGAAAUAGAGUAGCUGGUCAACCGCGGCGUGGACAACGACGGCGUACUAACAGCACAAUGAAAAAUAGCAACAGAAAUAAACCAAGAAAGAAUUAAUAACUAAUUAUUAUUUUAAUAUAAAAUCUGUGUAACCCAAUACAUGCACACUUUUUCAAAUAUAAUGACUUUUA